GAGUGACUCCAGUAGGAUGGGGCCAACAUCGUAUCCACACAUACGAGAGGAUGACGCUACUACCAAUGAGAGAAGAUACUAAUGGAUAAUAUAACAUGAUCAAAAGUCAAAACUAUUCACAACUUCAUAUUUCCUUUUCCCAUUCCAUACCAUCAUUCAUUUCAAUUCAAGCUAUGCCUAUGGAGGCUUUUUCCCUACAGUCACUGAUCCCAACCACCAUUCCCUCCUCUCUAUCACGUAGAGUGCCUACUCAUAAACCUUCUGUUCAUGUUAACCUUCACAAAUAUUCUGAUUUCCUGAGGUACCCUUGUACCACAAUUCACACAAUCCGUAGCACCAGACCUCAAGCUUCAGGUUCAACAAAAUGUAGUUCGGGUACCUCUGAGGGGAUUCCUGAGAAAACAGAUUCCAAGGAUGACAACUUAGUAUUUGUUGCGGGUGCUACUGGUAGAGUUGGUUCACGAACAGUGAGGGAGCUUAUAAAGCUUGGUUUUAGAGUCAGAGCUGGAGUGCGGAAUGCUCAAAGAGCUGGUGCACUAGUUCAGAGUGUUGAACAAAUGAAGCUUGAUGCUACAAGUGCAGGUGGAGGGAGUAGAGCUGUAGAGAAGCUUGAAAUUGUGGAAUGUGAUUUGGAGAAACCAGAUGAAAUUGGAUCAGCAUUAGGGAAUGCAUCAACAGUGAUAUGUAGCAUUGGUGCCAGUGAGAAGGAGGUUUUUGACAUCACUGGACCCUUUCGAAUAGAUUAUCAGGCCACCAAAAACCUAAUUGAUGCUGCAACUGUUGCCAAAGUGAAUCACUUCAUAUUGGUUACUUCAUUGGGAACAAACAAAAUUGGCUUUCCUGCAGCUAUUCUCAAUUUGUUUUGGGGGGUCCUGAUUUGGAAAAGGAAGGCAGAAGAAGCAUUGCUAGCCAGUGGAAUUCCAUAUACAAUAGUGAGACCUGGAGGUAUGGAGCGGCCUACUGAUGCUUACAAGGAAACUCAUAAUGUAACCUUAUCAACGGAAGAUACUUUAUUUGGGGGUCAGGUGUCAAACCUUCAGGUUGCUGAACUCAUGGCAGUUAUGGCCAAGAACCGUGAUCUUUCAUAUUGUAAAAUAGUGGAGGUAAUUGCAGAAACAACUGCACCGCUGACUCCAAUGGAGGAACUUCUUGCAAAGAUACCUUCUCAACGACCUUACAUUUAUUCAUUCAAGGAACCAGAUAUUGCAGCUGUCAAUGAUCCAGAUCCCUCUGCUAAUGUUGUGGCAGAAGAACCUAGCAUUGCCACUCAGAAAGAAGAAGCACAAGCUAAACCAGUGGCAAAAGAGACACUUUCUCCUUAUACUGUUUAUGAUGAUUUGAAGCCACCAUCAUCUCCUUCUCCGGCUCAGCCUAGUGGCGUGAAACAGAUAAAGAUCAGUGACAUAGUGCCAAAUCCUAGUGGUACAGAUACUCCAAGUAGCGUGCCAGGAGUAGAUGGCAUUCCUCAGGCAUCUUUCUCAAAAGGGCAGAAGACUCUCUCUCCUUAUGCAGUCUAUGAGGAUUUGAAGCCUCCCACUUCCCCAAGCCCAACACCUAGUAGCUCCAGUGAUAAACCUCUUACUGCCUCAACAAAAGUGGAAUCUGCGCCACCAUCCACAGGGGACAAUGUUGCUGAAAAGUAUCCUUCUCAGGAUUCAAGUUCUUGUAAUUCUCCCUACCAUGUAUAUCCUAACUUAAAGCCUCCCACUUCACCAUCUCCUAAUGCACCAACUAUAUCACUCUCCGUAUCUUCUGUGGAUGGGGUGGCUGAGAUCGAAACAGUAUCAAGCAAUGGACCAGCCCAACUUUCAAUAGCAGAUAAACCAAAUGAUGGAGAACAUCUCUCUGAACCAAAGUCAAGGUCGCUUUCACCUUACACAAUGUAUGAGGAUUUGAAGCCUCCUGCAUCACCAACGCCUUCCUUCAGAAAAUCUUAGCAACUGCCUGCAUAUGGAAUCAGACAAGAGCUGUUGGAGCAAAUAGGAUAAUCCUAUUGAAGAGUUAAUGCAGGGACUCAUGUGGAGGAUAGUCAGUCACUCAAAUAUGAAGAUGGGAAGCAUUUCUGCGUAUUGAAAUUUUUUAGCAAUGUCAUUUGUUUCUUGAUAACCUUUUGGUGGGACUCAACGAGUUGCUCCGUUUUGUAAUUUACUUUUCCCAUGUUCCAAUAUAA